CAGGCCCUGAUGAUGGCCCCCCAGCCACCCUUCUGUCUCCACCUGCUGCUGCUGCUGCUGCUGCCGCCGCCACCCCUACCCCUGGCCCUGGGCCAGCGAUUCUCCGCACCCAAUACCACCUUCAACCAUCUGGCACUAGCACCGGGCACACUAUAUGUGGGCGCUGUGAACCGCCUCUUCCAGCUCAGCCCAGAGCUGCAGCUGGAGGCUGUGGCUGUCACCGGCCCUGUCCUCGACAGCCCCGACUGCGUGCCCUUCCGGGACCCAGCCGAGUGCCCGCAAGCCCAGCUCACUGACAAUGCCAACCAGCUUCUGCUGCUGAGCGGCCGGAGCCAGGAGCUGGUGGCCUGCGGGCAGGUCCGGCAGGGCGUGUGUGAGAAGCGGCGCCUGGGGGACGUGGCUGAGCUGCUGUACCAGGCCGAGGACCCGGGUGAUGGGCAGUUUGUGGCUGCCAACACUCUCGGAGUGACCACGGUGGGCCUGGUGGUGCCUGCGCCAGGGAGGGACCUCCUGCUGGUGGCCAGGGGCCUGGCUGGCAAGCUGUCUGGGGGCGUCCCUCCACUCACUGUGCGCCAACUGGCUGGGCCCCAGCCCUUCUCCAGUGAAGGCCUGGGUCGCCUGGUGGUGGGCGACUUCUCAGACUACAACAACAGCUAUGUGGGUGCCUUCGCAGACGGCCGCUCUGCCUACUUUGUAUUCCGCCGCCGUGGGGCCCGGGCUCAGGCCGAGUACCGUUCCUACGUGGCUCGAGUGUGUCUGCGUGAUGCCAACCUCUACUCGUAUGUGGAGGUGCCCCUGGCUUGCCGUGGCCAGGGCCUUGUGCAGGCUGCCUUCCUGACACCAGGCAUUCUACUGGGAGUGUUCGCCAGCGGUGCCAGGGGCACGAAGGCCGCCCUGUGCACCUUCCCCAUGGCCCAGCUGGACAGAAGCAUGGAAGAGGCCCGGAGGCUCUGCUAUACGACGGCGGGCCGUGGACCAGGGGGCUCGGAGGAUGCCGCUGUCGAGUAUGGCGUGACGUCUCGCUGUGUCACCCUGCCCCUUGACUCCCCGGAGUCGUACCCCUGUGGAGAUGAGCACACCCCGAGCCCCAUCGCCGGCCGCAGGCCCCUAGAGGUUGAACCUUUGCUGCUGCUGGAGUGGCCUGUCACUGCAGUGGCAGCCUUGCAGACUGAUGGACACACAGUGGCCUUCCUGGGGGACACUCAGGGCCAGCUACAUAAGGUUUUUCUCAAUGGCUCCCGAGGCCUGGUGUACUACUCCCAGCAAGUGGGGCCCCCGGGCUCGGCUGUCGGUCCUGACCUGCUGGUGGAUGGCAGUGGCAGUCACCUGUAUGUCCUCACCGCCCAGCAGGUGGACCGGGUGCCCGUGGCAGUGUGCCCCCAGUUCCCAGACUGUGUCAGCUGCCUGCAGGCCCGAGACCCGUUCUGCGGCUGGUGCGUCCUCCAGGGCAGGUGUACCCGGAAGGGCCAGUGCAAGCGGGCAGCUCAGCCAAACCAGUGGUUGUGGAGCUACGAGGAGGGAGGCGCCUGCCUGCACAUCCAGGGCUUGUGGCCGGCGCAGCACCCCCGGCAGGAGCAGGUCCAGGUCACCCUCUCUGUCCCCUGGCUGCCUGCUCUAGCCCUGGACGAGUACUUCCAUUGUGCCUUCGGAGAUUAUGACAGCUUGGCUCAUGUGGAAGGGCACCAGGUGACCUGUGUCACCCCUCCCCAUGACCAGCUGCCACCUAACCCUCCAGGCACAGACUAUGUCAGCCUGCUCCUGGCCUUGAUGUUUGAGGAUGUGGUCAUGGCUGCUGCCAACUUCUCCUUCUAUGACUGUGGUGCCGUCCAGGCCUCUGACGUGGCGGCGCCGUGCCGUGCUUGUGUGGGCAGCGUCUGGCGGUGCCACUGGUGCCCCGAGAGCAGCCAGUGCAUGGCUGGGGAACACUGCCCCGAGGGCGAAAGGACAGUCUACAGUGCCCAGGAGGGGGAUGUCCAGGGGCAAGGCCCAGAAGCUUGCCCCCAAAUUGAGGGCCUGGCCAGCCCUGUCCUGGUGCCUGUGGGCUGGGAGAGCCGUGUAUCGCUGCGUGUGAGGAACCUUCAGCAUUUCCGAGGCCUGCCUGCCUCCUAUCACUGCUGGCUGGAGCUGUCGGGAGCGAUUAAGAGGCUGCCUGCCUCCCUGGAGGAGACCAGUGGGGACAGGGGCCUCAUCCAUUGCCAGGCCCAGCAGUUUCACCCUUUGACCUCCCAGCGGGAGCUCCGGGUACCCAUCUACGUCACAAGAGGCGAGGCUCACCGCCUGGACAAUGCAGAGCCUCUGCAUGUGACCCUGUAUGACUGCACCGUGGGCCACCCUGACUGCAGCCACUGCCAGGCAGCCAAUGGGAGCCUGGGCUGUCUGUGGUGCAGCCAUAAGCGGCCCUCCUGUCGCUAUGGACCCCUGUGUCCGCCUGGGGCCGCCCAGCAGCUCUGCCCUAGACCCACCAUUUUCUCGAUCGAGCCCCAAUCUGGCCCCCCAGAGGGAGGCCUGCCACUCACCAUCCUGGGCUCGAACCUGGGCCGGGACUUUGCUGAUGUGCAGAAUGCUGUGAGCGUGGCUGGUAGACCCUGCAGCCCGGACCCAGCUCUCUACCGGAUCAGUGUCCGGAUCGUGUGUGUGACAUCCCCUGCCCCUGGUGGCACCUCAGGGCCAGCUCAAGUGGUCAUUAAGGGCCGGCCACCAGGCGUCUCGAGCCAGCCCUUCACUUACCAGGACCCUGCCCUGCUGAACCUGAGCCCCCGGUGGGGUCCCCAGGCAGGAGGUACCUGGCUUACCAUUUAUGGGCAGCACCUUCAGACAGGGGGCAACAUCAGCGCCUUUGUGGGGGACCAGCCCUGCCCUAUCCAGGAGCCCGUGUGCCCCGAGACCAUCACGUGCCGCACCAUGCCCCAAGCAGCCCCAGGGAAAGUGGCUGUGAAAGUGGUCUUUGGCCAGGCCCAGCGCACGCUGCUGUCGAAGGCUUUCCUCUACACUGCCAACCCCCAGCUCUUGGCAGCGGAGCCCAGCGUCAGCUUCCGGGGGGGUGGCCGGCUGAUCCGUGUUAGGGGCUCAGGUCUGGACGUGGCACAGCGGCCCCGGCUCUCUGUGUGGCUGGCACCCGAGAACCAGGCAGAGAGUGUCUUGGCCUGGCCUGAACUCAGUCUGGCCCAGCCUCAGGACCUGGAAUCUCAGCGGAGCUGUGGGGUCCCUGCUGCAGACCCCCAGCCUUGUGUCCAGCUUGGGGCGGGGUUGCUACAGUGCUCCACGGUCUGCUCUGUCAACUCGUCAAGCCUCCUCUUGUGCCAGAGCCCCGCUGUGCCCGACGGCACCUGGCCGCACCGGGUCUUUUUCUCUCUGGAUAAUGUGCAUGUGGACUUCACCAGCGCCAGUGGGGGCCAGCCUUUUCUCUACCAGCCCAAUCCGCGCCUGGCACCCCUCAGCCGCCCGUAUCGCCUCAAACCAGGCAAUGUGCUGGACGUGGAGGGUGAAGGCCUCAGCCUGGGCAUCAGCAAGGAGGAGGUGCGUGUGCUCAUCGGGGGCAGCGAGUGCCUGGUGAAGACGCUAACCCUGACCCACCUGUACUGCGAGCCACCGGCCCGGCCCCCGCAGCCUGGCAACAGCUCCGGCAGCCUGCCGCAGUUCGUGGUUCACAUGGGCAACCUGCGGCUGGCGCUGGGGCCCGUGCAGUAUGAGGCCGAACCCACGCUGGCCGCCUUCCCCGUGGAGGCCCAGGUGGGCGUGGGCCUGGGCGCUGCCCUGCUGACCACGGCUGUGCUCUUGCUGACCCUCAUGUACAGGCACAAGAGCAAGCAGGCCCUGCGGGACUACCAGAAGGUGCUGGUUCAGCUGGAGAGCCUGGAGACCGGGGUGGGCGACCAAUGCCGCAAGGAGUUCACAGACCUGAUGACGGAGAUGACGGACCUCAGCAGUGACCUGGAGGCCAGCGGCAUCCCCUUUCUGGAUUACCACACCUACGCCCAGCGAGUCUUCUUUCCAGGCCAUGGUGGCUGCCCGCUGCAGCCCACGGCCGACAGGGCCGAGGACGAAGGCCGUGGGGCCACCGUGCGCCAGGGCCUCCUACAGCUCUCCCACCUGCUCAACUGCAAGCUUUUCCUGCUCAAGCUCAUCCACACGCUGGAGGCGCAGCCCAGCUUCUCCCAGCGCGACCGCUGCCACGUGGCCUCCCUGCUGUCCCUGGCGCUGCACAGCAAGCUGGAGUACCUGACCGACAUCCUGAGGACGCUGCUUGGAGACCUGGCUGCGCACUACGUGCACAAGAACCCCAAGCUCAUGCUGCGCAGGACUGAGAGCAUGGUGGAGAAGCUGCUCACCAACUGGCUGGCCAUUUGUCUGUACAGCUUCCUGAGGGAGGUGGCUGGGGAGCCGCUGUACAUGCUAUUCCGGGCCAUCAAGUACCAGGUAGACAAGGGUCCUGUGGAUGCCGUGACGGGCAAGGCCAAGCACACUCUGAAUGACAGCCACUUGCUGCGUGAGGACGUGGAGUUCCGGCCCCUGACACUCACGGUGCUGGCAGGCCCAGGGACCAGCGGGGCAGCAGGGGCCGGCUCAGGGCAGCACGUGCCAGCCCGGGUGCUGGACACUGACACCAUCACCCAGGUCAAGGAGAAGGUGUUGGACCAGCUCUACAAGGGCACCCCCUUCUCCCAGAGGCCCUCCGUGCACACCCUAGACCUUGAAUGGCGCUCAGGCAUGGCUGGUCACCUCACCCUAUCUGAUGACGAUCUAACGUCAGUGACUCAGAACCACUGGAAGAGACUCAACACCCUGCAGCACUAUAAGGUCCCAGAUGGAGCGACAGUGGGGCUUAUUCCCAGGAUGCACCACACUGGCACAGUGGCCCAGACUUUGGCACAGGGCUGCCCUUCUGGGGAGAAUACGCCCAUGCUGGAGCACAGUGAGGAUGGGGAGGGCAGUGGACUUCGCCUCUGGCACCUGGUGAAGGCCACCGAGGAGCUGGAGGGGACCAAGCCUCGGCGGAGCAGCCUGCGGGAGCGAGAGCGGGCCCGGGCCAAGGCCAUUCCAGAAAUCUACCUCACUCGCCUCCUGUCCAUGAAGGGUAUGCUGCAGAAGUUCGUGGAUGCCACAUUCCAGGCCAUCCUGAGUGUGAACCGUCCUGUGCCCAUCGCAGUCAGGUAUCUCUUUGAUCUCCUGGAUGAGCUGGCAGAGAAACAUGGCAUCGAGGACCCCGAGGUCCUACACAUCUGGAAGACCAACAGCUUGCUGCUUCGGUUCUGGGUGAACACCCUGAAGAACCCCCAGCUCAUCUUCGACGUGCGGGUAUCAGACAAUGUGGACGCCAUCCUGGCUGUCAUCGCCCAGACCUUCAUUGACUCCUGCACCCUCUCGGAGCACAAAGUGGGCCGGGACUCCCCUGUGAACAAACUGCUCUACGCCAGAGAGAUCCCCCGAUACAAGCAGAUGGUGGAGAAAUACUACUCGGGCAUUCGCCGGAGCUCCCCUGCCAGCUACCAGGAGAUGAACUCAGCCCUGGCUGAGCUCUCGGGGAGCUCCGUCUCUGCCCCCCACUGCCUGGAGGCCCUGCAAGAUCUGUACAAGCACAUCCACAGGUACUACGACCAGGUCAUCAGUGCCCUGGAGGAAGACCCCUUGGGCCAGAAGAUGCAGCUAGCCUGUCGUCUGCAGCAGAUCGCUGCCCUGGUGGAGAACAAGGUGACUCACCUGUGA